CUGAUGUUCUAGUUCCUCCCAGUGGUUCGUCAUUUGCUUUCUUUUGCUUAUAAACCUGAUAUCAAAAGAGCAGGAAUCGUGCUCAGUAUUAAACAAGUUUGAUACAAAAAUGGAUAAUGUAAAUAACGGAUUGUUGGUUUUGUACGUGCUCCUAUUGAUCGGUUGGAACGUGCAGUGCGAUAAUGAACCGAAAAAAGAAUUAUUGGCUUUGGAACAAAAUAAUCCACGUAAAUCCAAUAAGAAUAAUGCCAAUAAUAGCCCUUUGACAAGCCUAAUACCAAUGUUGGCAAUGCCCUUUUUGGUGCAAACAACGUUUCUGCCGAUGAUAUUGCUGGGAAUCAAAUUUAUGCUCAUACAAAGUAUAUUUUUAGGGAAAUUUGCCAUUGUGUUUUGGGUUAUCAAUUUAAUUAGGAACCAUAUUAAGGAUCAACAAGGACAUUUGUAUAGUCACAAUAUUCAUCUCAAUAAACAUUGACUAUAGGAUUUAAUAAUAAUAAUAAUUGUUCUGUGAUAUUAAUUGUUGAAAUAAUAAUUUUAAUAGAUUUUGUUGUUUGAGUUUUUUUAAUAGGUACCUAUAGGUAGGUACCUCCCAUUUUCAUAAAAAGAAUAGAGGAUUUUUCCUUAAUCCUUC